AUGCCCAAGCUGUACAACGGAGUCUACAGUGGCCAGUGCGGCGCCCUCUCGCCGCCGGACCUGAUGGAGGCCCAACCGAAGCUCAUUCCCAAGCCCAGGAGCAACAGCAGCGGCAGCAAUAGCCGGAACAGCAAGUAUUGGAUAUUCUCCAUGAUAAUCGAGCGCAGUGCGGGUCCCAAGCGCAUAGAAAUCGAUGGCGAUGAUGCGGACACUCCGCUGGAGGCCAUCCUGCCCGCGGAGCCGCCGGCGGAGGUCUGCCUUUUGCGUGACAGCCCCUUCAGGAUAUUGCGGGCGGCCGAGUCCGGGAACCUGGACGACUUCAAGCGCCUCUUCAUGGCGGACAACUCGCGCAUCGCUUUAAAGGAUGCCAAAGGACGAACGGCGGCCCAUCAGGCGGCUGCCCGUAAUCGAGUUAAUAUUUUGCGUUAUAUUCGCGACCAGAACGGAGACUUUAAUGCAAAGGAUAAUGCCGGCAACACGCCGCUCCACAUUGCUGUGGAGAGCGAUGCCUACGAGGCGUUGGAUUACCUGCUGUCCAUUCCGGUGGACACUGGAGUGCUUAACGAGAAGAAGCAGGCGCCUGUGCACCUGGCCACCGAGCUGAACAAGGUCAAGUCGCUGCGGGUGAUGGGUCAGUACCGGAACGUGAUCGACAUCCAGCAGGGCGGAGAACAUGGACGCACCGCCCUCCACCUGGCGGCCAUCUACGACCACGAGGAGUGCGCUCGCAUCCUGAUAACCGAGUUCGAUGCAUGUCCACGUAAGCCCUGUAACAAUGGUUAUUAUCCCAUACACGAAGCGGCCAAGAAUGCCAGCUCCAAGACAAUGGAGGUCUUCUUUCAGUGGGGCGAACAGCGGGGCUGCACUCGCGAGGAAAUGAUAUCCUUCUACGAUUCCGAGGGCAAUGUGCCACUCCACUCGGCGGUGCACGGCGGCGACAUCAAGGCGGUGGAGCUGUGCCUUAAGUCCGGCGCCAAGAUAUCCACCCAGCAACAUGAUCUCUCAACGCCAGUGCACCUGGCCUGCGCUCAGGGCGCCAUUGACAUAGUGAAGCUGAUGUUUGAGAUGCAGCCCAUGGAGAAGCGCAUCUGUUUGAGCUGCACGGACGUGCAGAAGAUGACGCCGCUGCACUGCGCCUCCAUGUUCGAUCACCCGGACAUAGUGUCCUAUUUGGUGGCCGAGGGUGCGGACAUUAAUGCUUUGGACAAGGAGCACCGCUCGCCGCUGCUCUUGGCCGCCUCGCGCAGUGGCUGGAAGACAGUGCACCUGCUCAUCCGCCUGGGAGCCUGUAUUAGCGUGAAGGAUGCUGCCGCCCGUAAUGUGCUGCACUUUGUCAUUAUGAACGGCGGCAGGUUGACGGACUUUGCCGAGCAGGUGGCCAAUUGCCAGACCCAUGCCCAGCUCCAGCUGCUGCUCAACGAGAAGGACAGCAUGGGCUGUUCGCCGCUGCACUAUGCCAGCAGGGAUGGCCACAUUCGCUCGCUGGAGAACCUCAUCCGGCUAGGCGCGUGCAUCAAUCUAAAGAACAACAACAACGAGAGCCCGUUGCACUUUGCCGCCCGCUAUGGUCGCUACAACACGGUGCGCCAGCUCCUGGACUCGGAGAAGGGUUCCUUCAUCAUCAACGAGAGCGAUGGUGCCGGCAUGACCCCGCUGCAUAUCUCCUCCCAGCAGGGACACACGCGGGUGGUGCAGCUGCUCCUAAACCGUGGGGCCCUACUGCAUCGCGAUCACACCGGUCGCAAUCCCCUUCACCUGGCGGCCAUGUCUGGAUACACCGAGACCAUUGAGCUACUGCACUCGGUGCACUCGCAUCUGCUUGAUCAGGUGGACAAGGAUGGGAACACGGCUCUCCACCUGGCCACCAUGGAGAACAAGCCGCACGCUAUCUCCGUUUUGAUGUCCAUGGGCUGCAAGCUGGUGUACAAUGUCCUGGACAUGAGCGCCAUUGACUAUGCCAUCUACUACAAGUAUCCGGAGGCGGCCCUGGCCAUGGUCACACACGAGGAGCGGGCCAAUGAGGUGAUGGCCCUGCGGUCGGACAAGCAUCCCUGCGUGACUCUGGCGCUGAUUGCAUCCAUGCCGAAGGUAUUCGAGGCAGUGCAGGAUAAGUGCAUCACUAAAGCCAAUUGCAAGAAGGACUCGAAGAGCUUCUACAUCAAGUACUCUUUUGCAUUCUUGCAAUGCCCCUUUAUGUUUGCCAAGAUUGACGAGAAAACCGGAGAGUCGAUAAUGACGACGAAUCCCAUUCCGUUGCCGGCAUUGAAUACCAUGGUUACCCACGGCAGGGUGGAGCUGCUGGCCCAUCCUCUAAGCCAGAAGUAUCUGCAGAUGAAGUGGAACUCGUACGGCAAGUACUUUCACCUGGCCAACCUGUUGAUCUACUCGAUAUUCCUGGUCUUUGUGACCAUCUACUCCUCGCUGAUGAUGAACAACAUCGAGCUGAGGGCGGGAAAUAAUAACAAGACGAUGAGCCAGUACUGCAACAUGGGCUGGGAAGAGUUGACUCUGAAUCUCUCCCAGAAUCCGGCGGUUGCCUCACAGAUCCGUUUGGAUUCUUGCGAGGAGCGCAUCAACCGGACCACGGCCAUCGUUUUCUGUGCCAUCGUCAUUGUGGUCUACAUCCUGCUCAACUCAAUGCGGGAACUUAUACAGAUCUAUCAGCAAAAGCUGCACUACAUCUUGGAAACGGUCAACAUCAUCUCCUGGGUGCUGUACAUCUCCGCUUUGGUGAUGGUAACGCCGGCCUUUAAGCCCGACGGAGCCAUCAAUACGAUCCACUAUUCGGCGGCCUCAAUUGCUGUCUUCUUGUCCUGGUUUCGGCUUUUGUUGUUCCUUCAGCGUUUCGAUCAGGUGGGCAUCUACGUGGUGAUGUUCCUGGAGAUCCUGCAGACGCUGAUCAAGGUGCUGAUGGUAUUCUCCAUACUGAUUAUUGCCUUUGGCCUGGCUUUCUACAUACUGCUGUCAAAGAUUAUUGACCCCCAACCGAACCACUUGUCCUUCUCCAACAUACCCAUGUCCCUGCUGCGUACCUUCUCGAUGAUGCUGGGCGAGCUGGACUUUGUGGGCACCUAUGUGAACACCUACUAUCGCGACCAGCUGAAAGUACCCAUGACCUCCUUCUUGAUUCUGAGCGUCUUUAUGAUCCUUAUGCCCAUUCUCCUGAUGAACUUGCUUAUCGGUUUGGCCGUUGGCGACAUUGAAUCGGUGCGUCGCAAUGCCCAGCUAAAGCGCCUGGCCAUGCAGGUGGUUCUCCACACGGAGCUGGAGCGCAAGCUACCCCAUGUCUGGCUGCAGCGAGUGGACAAAAUGGAGCUAAUCGAGUAUCCCAAUGAGACCAAGUGCAAGCUCGGCCUCUGCGACUUUAUUUUGCGCAAGUGGUUCUCUAAUCCAUUUACUGAGGAUUCCUCCAUGGACGCCAUAUCCUUUGACAACAACGACGACUAUAUAAACGCCGAGCUAGAGCGUCAGCGACGCAAGCUGCGUGACAUUAGCCGCAUGCUGGAGCAGCAGCAUCACCUGGUGCGUCUUAUUGUCCAGAAGAUGGAGAUCAAGACCGAGGCGGACGACGUGGACGAGGGCAUAUCCCCCAAUGAGCUGCGCUCGGUCGUUGGGCUGGGAUCGGCUGGCGGGAAUCGUUGGAACUCGCCGCGCAUCCGGAACAAGCUGAGGGCCGCCUUGAGCUUCAACAAGAGCAUGUAG